AUGGCGAACAAAAAAAUCGAUUCCUUCUCUAAGAAAAGAGGUUCUGAAAAUAUCGUUCAAAGUUCCACCAAUAAUGUUGAAACUUCAACUCCUCCGGAACAACGUCCUUCUAAACUUCCAAGAGUCGAAUCUAAAGAAGUUGAUACAUCUUCUUUGGUGAAGGAUCCGGGAGGUCGUGAUGAACGUCACGAAUCUAACAACCGAGGGAAUGUUAUUGGGUUGAUAAAGCUCUUGGCUUUUUAUAAUGAGAAUGUGGCAGUAGUGGUUUUAGAAAAUGCUCCUCAAAAUGCUUCCUAUCAUUCCCAUGGGAUUCAAAAGCAGAUUCUUAGUAUUUUCUCUGAUAAGAUACAAAAAUUCAUUCGUGAGGAGAUUAAUGAUGGGUAUUUUUGCAUUCUAGUUGAUGAAUCUGAAGAUGAAUCGAAAAGAGAGCAAAUGGCAAUUGUUUUGAGAUUUGUUGAUAAGUAUGAUUUUAUAAAACAGCGUUUCUUUGACGUAGUUCAUGUGUUGCAGGCUCUAUUUUGUGUUGAAUGUCCAUUCGCAUAUUAUGUUCAUUGCUUUGCUCAUUGGCUCCAAUUGGCUUUAGUAGGAGCAUCUAAACAGGUUAUAUCUAUCAAUCAAUUUUUCUCUUACUUGACUCGAGCAAUUAAUAUAGUUAGCUCAUCUUGCAAAAGACAUGAUCAAUUAAGAGCUGCUCAAGCUGCAGAUAUUGCUGAAAAGUUUGCCAUUGAUGAUGAAUUUGAGACUGGUAAAGGAAAAAAUCAAAUUAGAACAUUGAAACGGGCUGGAGAUACUCUAUGGGGUUCUCAUUUGGGUUCCAUUUGUAGUUUGAUAAACAUGUUCAGUGCUACUUGUAUUCCUGAUAUGAGUUAUCCUUAUAAAGAAGGCCGAGGUCAGUCUUGUUUUGAAAGAGAUCAGCUUACCAUGGAACAUCAUUUUCGAGUUGAUAUUUUUAUAGUUACAGUUGAUUCUCAGUUACAAGAAUUAAACAAUAAGUUCAAGGAAGAUGUAAUGGAAUUGCUUGUUCUUAGCUCUGCUUUGGAUCCUAGGGAUGGUUAUAGAUCAUUCAAAAUUGAGGAUAUUUGCAAUCUUGCAAAUAAAUUUUAUCCCAUGGAUUUCACCGAGUAA